AUGAGCAAGAUUAAUGCCAUUGCUAUUGAUGACAUUCAUAAGAUUACAUCAGGGCAGGUCAUAAUUGACCUUGUAACAGCAGUGAAGGAAUUAAUUGAUAAUAGCAUUGAUGCAAACGCGCGCCACAUUGAGGUAUCAUUUAAGAACUAUGGUGUUGAAUCCAUCGAGUGCUCCGAUGAUGGUGAUGGUAUAAAACCUGAGAACUACGAAACCCUAGCACUGAAACAUCACACAUCAAAAAUAAGCAAUUUUGAAGAUGUCUCUACUGUAAAAACAUUAGGCUUUCGAGGCGAGGCCUUGGCAUCAAUGUGUGCUAUUGCAAAUAUAUCUGUUGUUACGACCUCAAAUCCACCGAGAGCUGACAGAUUAGAAUAUGAUUUUAAUGGGAUUCUCAAAUCUAAGACGACAACAACCCGUAACAAGGGUACCAAUGUUCAAGUAGCUCAAUUGUUUAAAAAUUUGCCAGUAAGACGAAAGGAGUUCACAAAAAAUUGUAAAAGAGAAUUCACUAAAUGCAUCGCACUGAUACAAAGCUAUGCUUUAAUCCAAGGAAAUAUAACUUUUACAGUUUGGCACACAACGCCAAAUGGAAAAAAAUCACGUAUAUUGUCAACUGGCAAGGAACCAGAAAUGUUCAAGAAAAUUCUCAAUAUAUACGGGACUUCUAGUAUGCGAGGUCUUUCUGAAGUCAAUUUGUGUCUAGAUUUAAAUCCCUUCAAAAAAUUGAUGGAAAGAAAACAUGUUGAAAACCACUUAUUUGAGGGCUUAGAUUACAAAAUUGUGGCCACUGGUUAUAUUUCAAAAUGUUCCUUCGGCUGUGGGAGGAGUUCCAAAGAUCGCCAGUUAGUUUUUGUAAACGCAAGGCCUGUCGAAUAUCCAGUUCUAUUGCAAAGUUGUAAUGAGGUAUACAAAUCAUUUAACAAUGUCCAAUACCCAUCUAUUUUUAUAAAUUUUCAGGUACCACCAGAAUUGGUUGAUAUAAAUAUUACACCCGAUAAAAGGACAGUUGUGCUCCACAAUGAGAAAUGUGUUGUAGAUGUUUUCAAAGAUGGUUUAACAGAGUACUACGAAAAGCAGGAGCUGGAAUUGCCUAAAUCUGCAUUAUCACAACCAGAGCCCAAAUUGCUAAAAAAGAGAAAAAUCGACGGUGCAAAGGCAGAGUCAUCUUUUACUUCCAGUCAAAUAUGUCAGGGAUCAAGGGGAGAAUUGAGAGAUGAAAAUUUUGAAUUAGAGGAGCUUUCGAAAAAAGAUGAAAAAUCUAAAUGCCUUUUUGGGUAUAAUGAAGACUCAGAUCAUGAAGGUGACACAAUUACUCCCCAAAUAGCACUACAGUUUGAUAAUAUCACGAGAACCCCCCCGAACUCAGAAACAACAAUUGAACGCAAAAGUUCAGGUGAGAAUCAGGUAAACAGAACAGAGUUGUUUAUUCAUGAGAGUGAAGGCUCUCAUAAAGUACUUCAUGAUAUUAAAAAUGGCAUUGCUACUCCUAGAAAAGCUUUAACGGAAUAUGCUCAUCUGUCGAGUCCAAAUGCAUCUCAAAACAAUGCUCCUAUCCUAGAUAACAGUCAGUCUGUUGAAGUUGAAAUUGACGGAAAGAAAGAGGAUCUUCAAGCAAAGCUUUCGCAAGAUGAAAGACUGAUAUUUUUGCGCGAGGACUCUUCCCACCGGUCAUGCUGCAGUCACACCAGCAGCUGCUCUGGCACAUGUUCACCGCAUGCGACAACAAAUGAAGACGAUGAAGCAUUUACCUAUGAAGAUACUGACGACUCCUAUGCUGUACUAGAAUCCGCCCAGUUGAAUGUUAGGACACCUGCUAAGCCCAACCAAAUUGUAUCUCGGGGAGUUUAUCGUUCUCUAAGCGACACAGAAGUCCAGCAGGCCAAUGAAAUUGAUUUUCCAUCAAUAUCAUUACAUGUAGAUACUUCCAUCAAGCGUGGCGCUGAAACUUUAACCGCUAUUAAAAAUAAGCAACCCCCAAAGCAGGAACACUUUAUCAAAAAGAAUGAUAAUUUUGAAAACUUUGAGGAAAGUGAGAAAUUUCUCACAAUAACAGUUACAAAGGAUGACUUCAUUAAAAUGCAAGUGGUAGGACAAUUCAAUUUAGGAUUUAUUAUUGUAACCCGCAAAAUCGGAGACAAGUACGAUAUGUUUAUCGUAGAUCAGCAUGCUAGCGAUGAAAAGUAUAACUUCGAGGUUUUGCAGAAAAUAACUGUUUUCAAGUCACAAAGAUUAAUUGCUCCUUUACCUGUUGACCUUAAUGUAAUUGAUGAAAUGCUGGUUAUAGACAAUCAGCCAUUAUUUGAAAAGAAUGGUUUCAAAGUAAUUAUAGAUGAAAACGAAAUGCCAGGUUCGAAAAUUAAAUUGUAUAGUCUACCAGUAUCAAAGCGCACACUAUUUGAUGUGGAUGAUUUUUACGAGCUGAUUCAUUUGAUUAGAGAAAGCGGUGGUCUGAAUUUAGAGAGUUUAAGGCCCUCCAAAAUCAGAUCCAUGUUUGCAAUGAGGGCAUGCAGAAGUAGUAUUAUGAUAGGUAAGCCUUUAGCCAAGAAAACCAUGACAAAGGUUGUACGCAACUUGAGUGAAUUGGACAAACCAUGGAAUUGUCCUCAUGGUAGGCCUACUAUGCGACACCUUCUAGAACUACGGGACUGGGGAACUUUUAAUGAUGACUAUGUCAUUUAG